CACAAAACAAAAGUUGUGCUCGGUGUUCAAGUGUACCGAGCGAAGGACACCUCACAGUGUUCCCUUUCUAGAAUCCUUCUACCAACGCCAGGAUGAAACUGUUCGUUUUGGCGAUCGCCACUCUGGCGGUUCUCCAGGGGUAUGUGGAGCCCAAGAACACCACGGGCGCCAUCACGCCGACUACGCCCAAGCAAAUACCAUCCCUCUUGACGUCGACGACGACGACGGCGACGAAGGCACACCGGCGCACUCCAACGAGGGCAACCGCGUCAACGAAGAAGGCAUCGUCCAGCGACACUCCGGCCGUGCCGGCCGGUAGUGACCGAGAGGCACGCGGUAAACGAACCCUCGAGCUCGGUAACUACAACGGUAACUACAACUACUACCAGACCGUACCGGCGCACACGGCCCAGCGCCGUGUGUCGCACGCGUACCAGGAUCCGGGCCAGUACAGCAGCUUCCAGAGCAACUACAUCCAGCCGCAGUUUAGCUUCGGUCCGGCACAGUCCGGUGCCGUCGGUGGCUCGCUAGGAUCGUAUCAAGGUUUCGAACCGCAGCUCGAUGGUACCAACACGAUCGGUAGCUUCCAGUCGUUGCCACCGCAGAUCCAUACGCGCUACAUCGAACCACCGGAACCGAUUAUCGAGAUUAUCAUCAAGGAGAGUAACGAUUCGCUUCCGCUCGACACGCAGUCACUGUUUCCCAAGCAGAAGAAGAAGAAGGAGGAGGUACAGGUGUUUUACGUGAAGUACCACAAGGACGAGAAGAAUGGGCAGCUCGUGCUGGAUGAUCCGCUGCCGGCCAUCAAACCGAUUCCGGAUGAGAGUGAAGAGGAGGAGGAUCCAUCGCAGGAACCGAUCGUGGUGACGCCCAGCCCACCGCUCAAGACGACCACACUGCGGGCCAUCAUCAAUCCGGACUCGGAGAAGUACCACAGCAACAGUGGCAUCCGGAUUUCGUUCGGUGUCGAAGAUAAGCAUCAGUCGGGCCAUCAGUUAUCGGAGACGGAGUCGGAAUCGGUCGCGCAGCCCGUUGUCGCUCUGCCACAGCCGGCUCCUGCUCAUCGCGCAAAGUCGGAUGUGUUCUUCCAGCAGCAUCAGCAGUUUGUGCAGCAACAGCAGGAUCGUUCGGUGAGGCAGCAGUACCCACAGCAGCCGCAGCAGCCUCAUCAGCAUUACAAUGUUCCGCCUCAGCCGCACCAUCACUAUCAACCACAGCAACAGCAGCAGGUGCAGUAUCAUCAACAGCAGCCCCAUCACCAUCAGCAGCAUCUACCGCAGGCGCAGCCCUUGGUACAGCAGCCGCAUCAGCAUUUCUCGCCCGCCAGUCCGCCACCAUUCCGGCCACAGCCGCAGGCGCAACCGCAGCCACAACCACAGCAACAACAUCAGCACUUCCAGCAACACCAAUACCAGCAGCAACCGCAACCACAGCCGCAGCGUGUGAUCUAUAGCCAGCCACAACCGCAACCACAGUUCCAUUACCGUGGUCAGUUCCAGCAACAGGCACAACCUCAGCAGCAGCCGCAGCAACAGUACUACACUCAUCAGGCGCCAAUUCCGCAACCGCGCCCACUGCCGCAACCGCAACCGCAGCCGCAACAACAGCAGGUGCGAUUCCCACCACCACAGCACCAACAACCACAACCACAGCCACACUUCUACCAGCCACAGCAGCAGCAGCAGCAACCUCAGUACCAGCAACCGAAACCGAUCCCGAUUCCGCUGCACAACAUUAACCAGCAGCCGCAACUACGUCAGCAGUAUGCUCCGCAACCGCAACCGCAGCAACCACAGCAGCAGCCGCAGCCGCAGCAGUUCAAUCAGCCGUUCAACAACUUCUACAAACAGCAGCAGCAGCCGCAGCCACAACCACAACCGACACCGCAACCUCAGUUCCGUAAGGCCACUCCAUCGCCACCGGCGAUCGUUCAGCAGCCACCGUUCGCUGCGCAACGUCCUCAGGCUCCGUCGGCCACCUAUCAGCAGCAGAACUUCGAAACUCGCGGCGGUGCAUUCGUCGGUGGUCUGGUACAGCAGGCGGCCCCGAAUCUUGGACCGACGCGUGCACCCCAGGGACAGAAACCAUCGUUCGGACUGUCCGAUAGCGAGCAUCUGAGCAAUCUGAAGCAUGUGCUGCCGGCUGGCGGUGAGCUAGUGCCUUCGGUGUCCAAGUACGAGAAGCACAUCACCGAAACCAUCAACGGACCGGUGGAGGGUCAGCAGUUGCAGCAACCGAGACAACAGCAGCAGCAGCAGCAGCAAGCGUCGUUCAACCGUCAGCAACCGUUCUACAACAUUCAGCCAUCGCAGGAACUGAUCAGCCACUCGAUCGCACCCCAGAUUGAGACGAUCCCGAACAAACUGCCGACCCCGCAGCGCUACGUGAGCCAGCAGGCGGCCGAAAUCAUCCCGAACUCGGAGCCGAUCCGGCAGCAGGUUGAUCCGCGGUUCAAUUUUGCCGCCCAGCAGUCAGCCGGUGCGCAAGGAUUCGAUGCUAGCUCCGUUAGCACACCGUCCACUACGGUCGGCACUAGCCGUACGACCUAUUCGCCAACCUUCUCGACUACGCCCCGGACUACGGUGAGCCAGUAUCCGGCCACAUCACCGGCCACGACACGCCAAACGGUCAGCACGACGCGGGCACCACCGGUAACGGCUGCUCGGUCGGCCGCUGAAGAGGCCGAAGCGAAUGCCAAGAAACAGAAGGCACUGUUCGAUCUGCCCGAUGAGGUACCGGAUGAUCUGCGGGAGCAGCUGCUGUCCUCGGGCAUCCUCGAUAAUGCCGACAUCAGCGUGCUGGACUACGACAAGUUGGGCGAGACGGAUUUGCAGAGCUUGCCACCGGAGCAUCUGGCCAACUUCUUUAAUGCCGGUGGCGGUGCACAGCUGGCCGGCUCGAGCAAUGUCCUCUCGGUGGUGUCCCCGAAUGGUGACAAGCUGGCCGAGAAGUUUAUCAGCAAGAACUACGACGUGAAAGAUAAGCGCGAUGAGCGCGAUCGGUAUGAGAUUGCCAACGGUGGUGAUGAACAGCAACAGCAUCAGCAACAGGAUGAGAAUGAAGAAGAGGAGGAGGAGGAACCAACGAUCGUAACGAUGCCGGAACGCCAGAACGUUGACCUGAAGGUGGUACGGUUCGAUUCGAACAACCAGAAGAAUGUGACCGAUCGGUACAUCAAGCAGGACUCGACCAUCCUACCGUCGGUGGAUGUAACUCGCGAAGCGGAUUCGGCUGCCGGUACGCAGACCGAGCAGAUCUUCAAUCGCUAUCUACCGCUCAAGAUCAACGGAGCACAGUUCCCGAUUCCGGAUGUGGUGGAGCUCCGGGGACGCCGCAUCGCCAGUGUGGUCGUGCUGGCACCGGUCGAUCAGCCAGCGACGCAACAGCAGACCUCCAAGUCCGGUGAAGCAGGAAGUGGCAGUGAGGAGGGCAAUGAUGGCGCCGGAUUCUUGAUCAAUGCCGACGACGACGAAGAGCGAGAGGGUACGGAUGGGCAGCAAUCGAGCAGGUUCGAGCGGGAUGUGCUGCUGGACUCGAAGAAGAUCAAGUUUAUUGCCGGCGAGGCACUGAAGCAGCUGAUCAAGAAACCGUCCCGCGAUAACUUCCGCCGGUGGCUCGAGCGUGAGGGUAAAACCGAUGUCGAUCUGCAGAGCGUGGUGCUGCUGGUGACGAGGAACGACUACAACGAACAGGAGAUCUUCAUGUACGACAUUGCGACCAAGGGCGUAACGCAUCUGAGCGGUGAGCUGUCGGCCGCGUUCGUGCAGGUCGCCGAGGAGAACGCCAAGACGCAGAACCUCGACGAGAUGCCGAUCGUGGACAGCGGUAUCGUGGAGCAGAUGGAAACACGCAGCUCAACGGAAGCGGUCGACUACGUCACGGCCUCGUUCGGUUCCGCGGCAUCCUCGUCGGAGGAGCAGGACGAGCAGGCGGAAGCAUCCGAGCGGAAGGCCGUCUACGUGUACCCCGAGAACUACCGGGGGUUGGAGGUGAACUCGGGCUACAGUCACAUCAAGAAGUAGAGAGGGGCAGCCAUCGCGAGACCAAUCGGUGGAUUGAGGUAGAGCGAUUGAUAGUUCAAAUUGUGCUUAACGUUAACCGUUAUCUCUGGAGUUCUGGACAAUCCCGCUGCCAACACACUAUGGAUGAGCAAAUACCGUAGAAUGUCUGUGCCUGUGUAUGUGUGUGUGUGUGCGUGUAUGUAUGUCUAAGUGGUAUGUAUGAGCGUGUGUGUGUGUGUGCGUAUUGUGUACGUGGUUAGCGCGACUUGUGAGUACAAUCGAUGGAUUUCUAGCCCCAGCUAUAUAGUGACGGUGACGGGGUCACCAGGAGCAGCAGUCCAGCAGUUGAGGGACGUAUGUUAUUGGGGAGGGGCGAGUACACACUGUAAAUAGGGAACACAGUCGGCCGUCGGUUUACCAGGAGGGCAACCGUCGGUCGGUCAGUGACUGCCGCGCGGUGGUCGUUGUUUGUUAAGCAGUUAGUCAGUAGAGCAGCAUCUUGUUUGAGCCGUGUGUUCUCCAAGGACCACGCCAUUCAUACCUAGGUAGAACAAUUUGGUGUAUAACAGAAGCAGAAAGGAGGCCGUGGUAGAAACCAAGGCGACCGAUAGAAGCAGAAAUACACCAUUUUUCCAAGUUGCCAUCGAUGCAAUCGAUGCGAUCGUCGGACGGAACCAUACAGCCCAACCGCCCGGCCUGGCAAAGGUGAGCGGGUUGGGCUGUGGACACAGCCGACGAUCGAUCGAUCGAUCAUCGAAGAACUUUCGAUUGGGAUAUCGUGUAGUGGAAGGAGCGGAGCUAAGGAGUCUUAUCUUAUUGUCUUGUUUUGCGCUCGUACCCUCGGUUGACCAACCUAAUCCGGUUUCAUGGCAGGGCGAGAGAGGGAGAAAAAGAGAGAGACAGUGGGAGAGGAGGAGUAGCUUAGCGGAGCUACUGUUUUUCGACCUUAGCUGCUAAUCCGAUACCGGCAGCCAUGGUGAACACGGUUACGGAAUUCGAAACUUGGACCAUUGUAAAACAAGAAAAACCGAAAUGGUAUUGGUAAGAGCUACAGCUCUCCGAUCGCCGGAAUAGGUGGUCAGCAGGUCCAUGCGAUGUGUAAAUUAUUAGAUUUCCAUUACUCGUUAGUAGUACGUAAUGUUGAAUCCCUCCCUCGUUUUCCGAUACAAUCGUUCCCUCCCCUUUUCGAAGCUCUUCGUUGUAAAUUAUGAACCAUAAACCAGACAAACCCAGCCUGUAAUACUCUCUCUUUCUCUCCCUGCCUCUCUCUGAGUCUACCAC